AAUUCAAGUCUAUAAUCACCGUUAGUUUGUUUGCAACAAACUAACUCGCAGGCUAUUUAAGCCAGUCUCGCCAUAUUAACAACUAAACAGGCCUAAUGGGGACUUCAACAAAUCAUAGAAAUCGAGUUAUGGACAUAAUUGUGGUUAUAGCCUCUGUUGUUUUAUUAAGUGCGACAAAUGUUCAUGGGCGCAAAGAUCUUGCUGAGCCGGCUAGUGCAGGAGGUACCGACUUCGAGGCAUUUAAUUGCAGAGCUCAGAGUGGCUCUAUUAUGGAUUUCGGAGGAGUAGGCGAUGGAAAAACGUCGAACACCAAGGCUUUUCAGGCAGCUAUAACAAAACUAGGUGCCGCACCAGGUGGAGGACAACUCAUUAUACCAGCUGGGAAAUUUUUAACUUCUCCAUUUAAACUCGCUAGUCAUUUCACUCUGUAUCUCCAGAAAGAUGCUGUCAUUCUUGCUGCCCCGGAAGAGGCCGAGUACCCAGUAGUUGAUGCCCUGCCAUCAUAUGGGAAAGGAAAUGGACCGGGCAUGGGAAGAUUUACGCCCUUUAUAUCUGGCAGCGAUCUCACUGAUGUAGUUAUUACUGGAGACAAUGGAACCAUUGAUGGUCAAGGUCAGUUCUGGUAUGAUAAGGACGCGACACUCAAAGCCCACAGGCCUCACCUGAUUGAAAUUAUGAACACCAAGGACAUUUUAAUCUCCAAAGUUACGUUAGCCAACUCCCCUUCGUAUCAUUUCCACCCUGUAUAUAGCAGCAAUGUUAUUGUAAGAGGCAUAACAAUUCUUGCAAAUUUAACCACCAAAAACACCGAUGGAAUCAUUCCAGAUUCUACUACUAAUAUGCUAAUUGAGGACUCUUACAUUGCGUCUGGAGAAGACUGCGUUUCUCUAAAGAGUGGUAUGGAUGAUUUCGGAGUAAAAUUUGCAAAGCCAACAAGCCAGAUAGCAAUCAGGAGGUUAACUUGCAUAACUCCGACAAGUUCACUGAUAUCUAUAGGCAGUGAAAUGUCAGGUGGAGUUUCGGAUGUCAGAGCUGAAGAUAACACAGUCAUUAAUUCAGAAUCGGGUAUAAGGAUCAAAACUAAUCCAGGAAGAGGCGGCCAUGUAAAGGACAUACAUGUCCGAAAAAUAACAAUGGAUACCAUGAAAUGGGCCUUUUUCAUGACAGGGGAAUUUGCAUCACAGCCUAAUAAAAACCCUCCAGCAGCUACACCUCCUGUUAUUGAAGGCAUCAAUUUAAUGGACAUGACUGCUAAGAAUGUGUCGACGGCAGGUCAGCUAGGCGGAAUCAAAGGCCAUCCAUUCAAUGGAAUAUGCAUGUCAAAUAUCACCAUCGAAAUGGCCAAGGCACCUCCACCUGCUCCGCCUGCAUGGAAUUGUUCCGACGUCGCGGGGACCUCGAGCACCGUGACUCCACCAAUCUGUCCUCCAUUGGCAGCUAAAGGCCCUCCUGCAUGUAAAUUCCCAACAGACAAGCUGCCUAUUGAAACUGUUAAAUUGCAGAAGUGCCCUGUACAAGUUAGCGCCAAAGCAUCCGGUCCAUCAGCUUCUCCUGUAGGAAAGGCACCAUCUCCUUCUCCCUGAGGAAAUGCAGCACCAGCUACUCCAAAAAAAAUGUAGUGAUCCAGAACCAGACUAUGAGCCUUCCCCCGGUUCCUUCUAACCUCAUGGAUCCAAUUUUAAUUACAGAAGAGUUGAUUCAUAUUCUUUAAUUCUAGGAUUCUAAUAAUUUGUUACAGCAUCAAUCAUCUGAUUAAAUAUAGUUUGAGUUUUUUUAAAAAGAAAUUUGUACUUUCAUUUAUAAGAAUUAAAUUAAUUUCCUAAGACCAUCCUUUAUCCA